CCAUAAAUCUCAUUAUGGUAAACCGUAUCGAUCGGUUGCCAUAAAUCGAGCUGAGCUCUCCGAUUUGGAGUCAUUUGACUUGCGUUCGUGAUGGGGCUACUGUUGCUGUUUUCACUGUUGCUUAUUUCAUGCACUCUGCUGGCUACUAAUGGCCAAUAUUAUUUCGAGUCCAUGUCUGGCGAAGAAUUAGACCAACAUGAUUUUGGAGACGAUCGAGCGGCGGGGAAAGCAGAAUUGCUUGGUCCUUAUUCAAUCGGCGAAAGAAAUGUGAGGGAAAAGAGCCCGUCCGAGACCACAGAAGUGGUUAUAAAGGAAAGACCAGCUGAUGAAAGUAGUACCGUACGUGUUUUCCAAGGACCGUACCCUGUUAAUAAUGAAAAUCACGAGCUUGAUAUAACCACUGCUAAACCCUUUGAAGGUCGCGUAAGAGCCAACGGCAGAGAUAGUCACGGACAGGGUAGAAGGGAUGCUGUUGGCGCUGGCCACGGAAGAUCCUCAGGCGGAACAAGUGGCAAUGAAAAAGAUGACAGUGCACUUCUCGAAGAUAGUUUUUUCAGUUUUUCAGGUACCACAAGGAGCAUUCGAAAUGGUCCCAAAUAUGGUCCCACAGAAAUUGUCUGGCCGCUUAAAAAAUGGCCUAUUGGAAGCCGAAUUCGAUAAUAGUAAGACAUCUAAUUAUGUUGUCAAUACUUUAACCCAUAAAAAGCCAACAUAUUUGUGUUUGAAUAAUUUGUAAGCCUUGUAGAAAUAGAAUGAGCAAAAAUAA